AUGUUCUUCUAUCACUUAAAGUCGACCUUACUCGUGUUUACUGCUAUCUUCGUUCUGGCUAUCAAUGGCUUGAAAUUGACAGAUGGUAAGCUAGCCAAACGUACGCAGGUCUUGCCCUAUCCAACGCCGGCUUGUGGAGAGACAGAUCCAAGGUUCCUAUGCUCGAUUCCAUGUGAUUUAGAUCCGAACUGCCAAACCAUUGGUUUCAACGUCAGUGUUUAUUCAUGUGCUUGUCCUGCACAAAUUUGCCCUGAUGGUAACAUUUAUGGUCCGCCAGAUUACAAUGAUAACGGAGGCAAACCUUUGACGGAUGAAGAGCUCGCUAAACAACCUCAUGUUUUAGCUUCAUGCUUCCCGAACGGUUGUGUACCUGCAGAAAUCGCUCCUUAUCACACACAAAUUGCAAACAUAGCGAAAAUGCCAACACUCAAAGCGACUCUUACCUUCUUGACAAUCUGCUUUGCGGCUUUAUUAUUUAUCCUACAAGUUCAAGGUAUCGACCAUUUAGUCAAGCGAUCUAAGAAGCACGCCAAAUCUGAUCAAGAUCCUCAUCCGAGCGAUGGUCCAAUGCUCUUGCCAUUCUUGACGCCACUUUGUGGUUCAACGCCACCAGGCUAUACAUGUUUCAAACAAUGUGACUUGGACGCAAGCUGUCAAGUUUUAGGAUGGAAUGUUACUCAAAUCGGGUGCGAUUGUCCUGCAACUUACUGUAGCGAUGGCAAGAUUUACGGACCUCCGUAUUAUAAUCAAAACAUUUCUGGUCAUCCUCUUACAGACGCUCAAUUGGCCAAACAAUUACACGUCAUCGCUCCAUGCAAUGGUUGUGUUCAAGCUGAGAUUGCUCCUCAUCAUAAACAGAUUGGCUCUUGCGGCAAAUGA